AUCAUCCGCAUGAUGAACUACUUCCUGGGCGAAGAAACGUUUCGGAAGGGCAUCUCCAAUUACCUCAAGGCUUUCGCUUACGACGCGGCCGCCCAGGACGACCUGUGGGAGUUUCUGACGGAGGCGGCGCACGAGGACGACACGCUGGCCGCCGACGUCAGCGUGAAGGACAUCAUGGACACGUGGACGCUGCAGACGGGCUACCCGGUCGUCAAGGUGGAGAGGGACGCGGCGGGGACGUCCGCCACGGUCACGCAGGAGCGUUUCCUCCUCCUCCCCGGCGCCUCCGGCCGCUCCGACGCCUCCUGGUGGGUGCCCCUGACGGUGACCUCCCAAGACGCCCCCGACUUCAGUCAGACGCGCCCCUCCAGCUGGCUGCCCGCGAGCGCCUCCUCGACCUCCCUCUCCGGCCUGCCCCCCGCCGACGCCUGGAUCCUCCUCAACCUGCAGCAGACGGGCUACUUCCGCGUCAACUACGACGCCAACAACUGGGAGCUUCUGACCAAGCAGCUGGCCGACGCCCACGAGACCAUCCACGUCACCAACCGCGCGCAGGUCAUGGACGACGCCCUCAACCUCGCCCGCGCAGGCCAGCUGAACUACACGACGGCCUUGGGUCUGAACGAGUACUUGGCCAAGGAAACUGAAUACGUCCCCUGGAGAACCGCCCUCAAUAACUUGGAUUAUCUUGACGCGAUGCUCAGUGCCACGCCUGGGUACGGGGCGCUCAGGCAAUACCUCCUCCACCUGCUUAUCCCUCUGUACAACUCGGUCGGCUUCGAGGACGACCUUCAAGGACCACACCUGGACCAGUACAAGCGGGCGAUGGCGCUGAGGUGGACGUGUGGCCUCGGGUAUGAGGACUGUGUGGAUCGGGCGGUGCUCCACUUCGAUCAGUGGAUUAACAAUGGAAGCGACGUGUCCCCGAACCUGAAGGCGACGGUGUACUGCAGCGGCGUCGCGGCCGGCGGGGACGAGGAGUGGCAGGCCGCCUGGGCCAUGUACCUGAGUGCCAGUGUGGCGUCGGAGAAGGCCGUGCUCCUCUCGGCACUCGGUUGCACCAAGGAGGUCUGGCUGCUGACAAGGUACCUCGACAUGGCCUUCACCGAGGGCAGCGGCAUCCGGAAGCAAGACUCGACCGCCGUCUUCUCCGCCGUCGCCAGCAACGACGUCGGCAGAUACGUUGCCUGGGCGUUCCUGCGGGAGGAGUGGCCGAGGAUUUCGUCUUACUACGACACGUUCGCCUCUCUGGGCAGCCUGGUCACGGCGGCCGCGGCCAAGUUCAACUCCAGGGACGAGCGGCGACAGCUGGAAUCCUUCAUCGAAGAAAACCAGGACAGUCUCUCCUCCGUCGCUCGCUCCGUCUCGCAAGCGCUUGAAAACACAAACAACAACAUAGCUUGGAUGGACAAAAACUAUGACGUCAUAGUCCAGUGGCUGCACGAUAAAGGAUACGACCAGUGACGUCAUAGCGGUUGAUUCGACGUCAUGCUGGCAAUGACGUGACGAGGUAAUUUAUGACGUCAGGGUACAUCUUCAUUUCCGUGACGUCAUAACUGAAGGGACGACGGGAGAUCGGUGACGCCAAGGAACCGAAUAUAAUUUGUAUAUAUUAUUGAACUUUUUGGCAACUUUUUCCUUUUCUACUUAUCUAUCUACCUAAUCAACCGUCUCUCUACCUUUCCUUUUAUCCAUCUACGUGUACUGCAGAAGAAGACAGUUUCAUCACAUGGAUGAGUCUCUGAAAACGGUUCACUGGAUGAGAGACAAUGUUUUUGUUAAUUACAACUAUUUACGUAUUUACAACCAUUAAGUUUUCUCAUUUUCCCUUUUUGUUUUAUAACACACACACACAAAGAUGUGUGUAUAUAUAUAUAUAUAUAUAUAUAUAUAUAAAUAUAUAUUUAU